AUGGCACAAACUCCACCAACGCACCCAAACGCGGAGCUUCUCCAGAGCGCGACGAAGGGGUUCGACUUCCUGUUUUGCAACGACAUCGUCAGUGCCAGGAAGCAUUUCGAGCCCAAAGAUGACCCGUUUCACCUCAUGGGUCUUGGGGUCUGUGCAUUCCUGGAGGCAGCGCUCGGGAUGGAGGCUGGACUUAUGACAGAAGCCUCACGAUGCCUUGCUCUCUCCGAAGCUGGUGCACGAAAGCAAAUGCGCGUUCCCAAGCCCCGCGAUCUGAACUUUCACAGUAGAUUCACAUACGGGUUGGAAUGGGAGAUCCUGAACGCGGAUGCCGUCGUGCUACUGGGUCUGACACACGCCCUGAGCGAGAGUUAUAUGGGCUAUUUGCAGUGCAUGUACUCUCUGAACAGUGCACACUCCAAGUUUACAAAACUCUACAAGACGGUCUUCCCUGCCGGCAUACCGGAAGACUCGCCCUUGAAGCCCCUACCCGACAACCUCUCGCCAACAACCUCCCGCCUCCAAGUUUCGCCAGCCCACCCCGUCGCCAGCCUCGGACACAAAUCCUCCGCAACCUCUCUCGCCUCUUCGAUCUCAACAACCAACCCAUCAGCCAACCCCGAACCGCCCAAGGCCACCUCGAGCUUCUUCUCUCGUUGGGUCGGCUCCGCUGCUGCAGCCGCCUCAACACCGACACUGCCACUCCAGACGGUGAAUAGCGCGGUUGCGCCGGAUGGGCCGGUGGAGGACUUGGUUGUUGCUGGGACGGCGUUUGGGUAUGGCCUGUUUAAUUUGGUGUUUUCGUUGUUGCCGAAGAAGAUCCAAGGGUUGGUCGGGUUCUUUGGGUUCAAGCAUGAUAGGAAGCUGGCGUUGAGGGCGUUGGCGCUCUCGGCUGCGAAGGACGACGUGCACAGCGUCUUUGCUGGAUUGGUGUUGAUGACGUACCAUGGCGUCGUUCUUCUGUUAUCAGGAUACCAGGCGAACGAGGAGAAGUUGCUGAAGGAGUAUAAGGAUAUCGUUGAUCGCAUCGAAUCGCGUUACCCAGCCGGAGCCUUGUGGAUCCUGAAUCGCGCGAAGAUCAUGCGCAUGUCGUACGACGCCGAGAGUGCGAUUCGUGUCCUCCAGGAUGGGCUGAAGCCUGGUAGGCCGCACUCGUUCGCUCAGGCUGACAUGUUGCUCAUUUUCGAACUGGCAUGGACUCUUCUCGGACAGAGACGGUAUCAGGAGGCAGCGGAUACCUUCAUGAAGAUCACGGAGAUUAAUUCUUGGUCUCACGGAACGUACUACUUCAUCGCAGCAGGAUGCUACAUCGCUCUCGGCCAACGAGACAAGGCUCAAGGCAUGCUAGACGCGAUUCCGGACUUGAUCGAUAAGAAGAAGCUGAGUGGGAAGGAUCUGCCGACGGAGUGGCGUUCUACAAGGAGAAGCAUGCACGGAGAGGCGGAGACGGAGUCAAAGUGGGUCGAAGUUGUUAAGAUUAAUCUUGCUGAAGAAAUUGCGAUCUUCUGGAACACACAUACUCGGAUAGCACCGUCAAUCGCCCAAUCGCACAUCGACGAGCUCGUCGCCCUCUCGCCCAAGCUUGUCGUAGAGAUGAAGGAGCCAACAACUCCAAAAACACCGAAGACACCAAGACACAAAACACCCAAAUCGCCGCUGAGCGCGACGAUCAGGUCGUUGCGUUCGCUCGACAUGGCCUCCUCGCCAGCCCCUUCCUCUCCAACCACCGCCACCACCACCUCUACUGCUCUCUCGACGACAAGUUCCGUACCUACGUCAGAUGCCAAGGACGACCUCGACACGAACGAUGAGCUCGCCGAUCCGGGCCCUGCUCAUUGGUAUCACCGCGCGAACGGCAGGGUCAGCACAUGGGUCGGUGGGAUCGCGAUGUUCGAGUUGGCGGUGUUGGAACUGCGGGACGUCGAGAUGUGGAUGAAGGGCACUGGAAUCGUCAACGCGGCUCCGGCUACGGCAGAGAAUGACGACGUGAAGGAGAAGGAGAAGGAGAAUGGUGGUGUUGGCCUGACCGUCAACAUCGAUGCGGUGGAGGACGCUGAGGACAAGAAGUCGGUGUGGGACGAGGCAUUGACAAGUGCCAGUGCGAAGCUGGACGUCGCGCUCGGCCUUGCGGGUAGCUCGAUUGAUCUGUCGAGUCGGCUGGAUACGAGGAUUGCGAUGCUUAGAGAUGAGAUCGCGUUGAAGAGGGAGAUGUUGGGUAUCGUUGUGUAG